AGAACCAGAAAAAAAACACAAAUCAAAAUGAAAUUCAUCAUUGUAUUCGCUGCCCUUUUCGCCGUAGCUUUGGCUGCUCCCCGUCCUGAAGAAGUCACCGUCUUGAGAAGCGAAUCUGAAGUAGGACCCGAAUCCUUCCAACACUCUUUUGCCACCAGCGAUGGUACACAAGCUGAAGCUCAAGGUCAAUUGAAGAAUGUUGGUACUGAUGAAGAAGCUAUCGUCGUCAAGGGCUCUUUCUCCUUCGUUGCUGAUGAUGGUCAAACCUACACCGUCAACUAUGUUGCUGAUGAAAACGGUUUCCAACCCCAAGGUGCUCAUUUGCCCGUUGCCCCUGAAGCUUAAGUUCUGAUUCUGAUUGUUAUUUAUUAAUAAAUAUUUGUUUAUUUGAAAAAAAAAA